AGCAGAUGUAUAGUGUGCCAGACCCUUGAGUGCACAAACAAGGCCCCACUAAAUACUUGACGCGCCACGCCAAACCACCUCUUAGCAACACCACCACUCAGCUUGCUCCCAACUGUUCAACCUGCAAAUAUCUUGUUCCUUCCAGCUACCGUAACCACUUCGCAUACAUCAUGUCUGACUCGCCUACAAGCAAUCCCGAUGAGGCCGACCAGUCCAAGAAGAUCGCAUUCCGUUUCUGCUCCGAGUGCUCCAACUUGCUCUACCCAAAAGAGGACAAGAUAAACGCCAGGCUCAUGUUCGCCUGCCGUACCUGCCAAUAUGCCACCGAAGCCCUCACUCCCAUGGUGACCCGCAAGGAAGUCAGCAGCUCUGCUGGCGACACUGCUGGUCUGACGGAUGAUAUUGGUCAAGAUCCAACGCUGCCCCGAGUCGAAAAGCUUUGUCCCAAAUGCGGCGAGAACGAAGCUGUCUUUUUCCAAUCGCAGCAGCGGUCCAGCGAAACGGGAAUGAAAUUAUACUACGUAUGUUGCACAUGUGGGCAAGUAUGGCAAGAUGCCACGCCUGCUAAACGAUAGCCAUAUUACGAGGUUCGGUUCUAAAAACGCACAUGUAAAAAGGUGUCAAGGGUUUCGAGGAACACUGGGAAAUCGGCAUCAACCUGGAGUUUGGAGUCAAACACAUCUGCACUUUGGAGAAAUCAUGGGCCCUGGUUGGCUAGGAGUUAGUUUACGCUGCAAAUACCCGAAAAUGAUGGAGAUUGUUGAUACAAUUCUAUAUACAAAA